AUGAUGCCCAUGCUGAAAUCAAAUGCGCGGACGAGCUCGUAUUCAUCACCUGUGAGAUUAAAGUUAUCCAAAUGGCCGCAUUUUCUGCGUCCGAUUAUCGCAUAUUGGCUGCCUCAGUUACGUCAGAUCCAUCAGAUUCACAAUAAGGUGCAGCAACUCCUCGCGAAAGAGUUCGCGGCAAGACGCAGAGGACAUGAUUAUGAGAAAGAGAAACCCAACACUCUAUUACAAUGGACUUGGGACAACUCAAACGAACACCUGAGGACUGAUGAGUACCAAAGCCGUCUUCAGAUUCUGGCCACAGUACCCACUAUCUUCACGGUUGCUUUCGGAGUCGCACAGUGCAUUUUUGAUCUUGCCUCCCGACCUGAGUAUCUUCCAAUGCUCAGAGAAGAGUUUCAGUCCGUUCUGAAGGCAUCUAACGGUACUCUGAACAAAGAGUCCUUCUCCAAAAUACCAAAAUUGGACAGUUUUAUGAAGGAGUCACAGAGGUUGAGUCCUCUUAUUAUGGUCUCCUUCGAGCGAAAGGUUCUUGAAUCUUUAGUUCUCUCAGACGGUACUAACCUUCCUGCUGGGGCACAUCUUGCUGCUCCCUCCUAUCACAUCGCUAGGGACCCGGAGUUCUUCACGGAGCCGAACGAGUUCGAUGGUCUUCGCUUCUACAAACUCCAGCAGGACCAAAACAGUCGCAGUAGCUCAAAAGAAAGAAAACAUCAGUAUGUUACAAUCGACGAGGCAUCGCUUCACUUAGACGGUAAGUACUCCUUGUAA